AUUAGUUAAAAACAUGCGGAUCGAUCGAAGUGUUAUGGAGGUCUAUUAGUGCAUGAGCAAACAUCAAUCUUUGUUAGAGAUCGCAAACUUUUUUCCUACUAUGGUGAGGGGAAUGAUACCGGACUUUUAUAUAGUGGACCCGAGUUGGAUAAUAAAACAAGCAGAUUGACCAGGAGACAUUUGCAAGCAGGACUUCAAAGGACGUUUCAUAGAAGUUUUUAAGAGAGGAUCCAGGUAGCUGUAUGCAGGACGGACAGCGCUAUAGUGACAAAGAUGUGUGGAAACCGGAGUCGUGUCGUGUUUGUGUGUGUGACACGGGCACGGUCCUGUGUGAUGAAAUCGUCUGCGAGGAGCUGAAGGACUGUCCCAAACCCGAGAUCCCGUUUGGGGAGUGCUGCCCGGUCUGUGGCGCUGACCGGCCGUCCUCCUCCGGAUCGCCAGGUGUGAAGGGACAAAAGGGGGAACCGGGAGACAUAACAGAUGUGGUGGGGCCGAGGGGACAAGCCGGGCCUACAGGACCGCCGGGAGAACAAGGACCCCGGGGAGAGAGAGGAGACAAGGGCGAAAAGGGAAGUCCUGGUCCCCGUGGCAGAGAUGGUGAGCCUGGCAUCCCUGGAAACCCCGGACCCCCUGGACCCCCGGGGCCAAACGGACCCCCUGGCCUUGGUGGAAACUUUGCCUCUCAGAUGGCCGGUGGAUUUGAUGAUAAAUCUUCAGCACAAAUGGGCGUGAUGCAGGGACCGAUGGGACCGAUGGGACCACGAGGACCACCAGGCCCCAAUGGAUCUCCUGGCCCACAAGGAUUUCAGGGUAACCCCGGAGAGGCCGGAGAGCCCGGAUCAGCCGGCUCAAUGGGUCCCCGUGGCCCUUCCGGUCCCUCAGGAAAACCUGGAGAUGAUGGGGAAGCAGGUAAACCUGGUAAAAGUGGUGAACGUGGACCUCUUGGACCUCAGGGAGCCCGUGGAUUUCCAGGAACACCAGGUCUACCUGGAAUAAAGGGACAUCGAGGUUAUUCAGGUCUUGAAGGUGCUAAAGGAGAAUCUGGAGCUGUUGGAGCUAAAGGUGAAGCUGGCUCGCCCGGAGAGAGUGGGGCUCCUGGACCAAUGGGUCCUCGCGGUCUGUCUGGUGAACGGGGACGUCCAGGACCCUCAGGAGCUGCUGGCGCUCGUGGAAAUGAUGGUUUGCCCGGUCCCGCUGGUCCUCCGGGUCCAGUAGGCAUAGUCGGCGCUAAUGGUUUCCCAGGAUCCCCUGGGACGAAGGGUGAAGCAGGUCCCACUGGUGCCCGUGGACCUGAGGGAGCACAAGGACCUCGUGGAGAGUCGGGCGUCCCGGGAGCUCCAGGGCCUUCUGGACUGUCCGGUAACUCCGGUACUGACGGCAACCCCGGCGCCAAAGGAUCGGUGGGCGCUCCUGGUAUUUCCGGUUCUCCUGGUUUUCCGGGUCCUCGCGGCCCUCCUGGACCUCAGGGAGCAACCGGUCCACUCGGACCAAAGGGACAGUCUGGUGAUUCAGGUCUGGCUGGGUUCAAGGGUGAAGCGGGUCCUAAAGGAGAGAUUGGUAAUGCUGGGCCUCAAGGUGCCCUGGGUCCGGCUGGAGAGGAAGGUAAGCGAGGACCCAGAGGAGAGCCCGGCGCUCUCGGACCCAUCGGACCAUCUGGAGAGAGAGGAGCUCCUGGUAACAGAGGUUUUCCUGGACAAGACGGUUUGGCAGGUCCAAAGGGCGCUCCAGGUGAGCGUGGAGCUCCAGGAGGAUCAGGUCCUAAAGGAGCCAGCGGUGAUCCCGGACGGCCUGGAGAACCCGGUCUGCCCGGUGCCAGAGGUCUGACGGGACGUCCCGGUGAUGCUGGCCCACAAGGGAAAGUUGGUCCAUCUGGAGCUCCUGGUGAAGAUGGCCGUCCCGGAUCCCUCGGCCCUCAGGGUGCACGUGGUCAGCCUGGAAUCAUGGGAUUCCCCGGACCCAAGGGUGCCAAUGGUGAGGCUGGGAAAGCGGGAGAGAAAGGACUCGCCGGAGCUCCUGGUUUACGUGGUCUGCCUGGUAAAGAUGGUGAGACGGGUGCUGGGGGACCUCCUGGACCAGCUGGCUCUGCAGGAGAACGAGGAGAACAGGGUCAGCCUGGACCUUCUGGCUUCCAGGGGCUGCCCGGUCCCCCUGGUCCCCCUGGAGAAGGAGGCAAACCUGGUGAUCAGGGUGUUCCAGGAGAAGCUGGCGCUGCUGGGGCCACAGGACCUCGAGGUGAGCGUGGGUUCCCGGGAGAGAGAGGAGGUGCAGGACCAGCAGGCCUCCAAGGGCCCCGCGGGCUUCCAGGAACACCUGGAUCUGAUGGAGCGAAGGGUGGUGUUGGUCCUGCUGGUCUUUCGGGUGCUCAGGGACCACCGGGUCUGCAGGGAAUGCCUGGAGAGAGAGGAACACCCGGUGUGUCUGGACCAAAGGGUGACAGAGGAGACAAUGGUGAGAAAGGACCUGAGGGAGCACCUGGAAAAGAUGGUGCAAGAGGUUUAACUGGUCCUCUCGGUCCUCCUGGUCCCGCUGGACCCAACGGUGAGAAGGGUGAAUCUGGACCCAUGGGACCCUCUGGAGCUGCCGGUAGCCGCGGAGGUCCUGGUGACAGAGGAGAGACCGGUCCUCCUGGUCCUGCUGGUUUUGCUGGUCCACCUGGUGUAGAUGGACAGCCUGGUAUCAAAGGGGAACAGGGUGAGGGUGGACAGAAGGGUGACGCUGGUGCUCCUGGACCUCAGGGACCCUCUGGAGCUCCAGGUCCUCAGGGACCAACUGGUGUUUCUGGACCAAAGGGGGCUCGUGGUGCUCAAGGACCUCCUGGUGCUACGGGUUUCCCUGGAGCUGCGGGUCGAGUUGGACCACCGGGUCCCAAUGGUAACCCAGGUCCCGCUGGUCCUGCUGGUCCUCCAGGUAAAGAUGGACCGAAGGGUGUGCGUGGUGAUGGUGGUCCACCUGGAAGACCGGGUGAUGCUGGUUUACGUGGACCGGCCGGUCCCCCAGGCGAGAAGGCAGAACCCGGUGAAGACGGUCCUCCUGGUCCAGAUGGUCCAUCGGGUCCAGCAGGUCUGGCUGGACAGCGUGGUAUCGUUGGACUUCCAGGACAGCGUGGUGAAAGAGGUUUUCCUGGUUUACCUGGACCUUCUGGGGAACCCGGCAAACAAGGGGCUCCUGGUGGACCUGGAGACCGCGGACCUCCUGGACCUGUAGGAUCUCCUGGACUCACGGGACCUGCUGGAGAACCUGGUAGAGAGGGAAAUCCAGGAUCUGACGGUCCUCCAGGCCGAGAUGGUGCUCCAGGAAUUAAGGGUGAUAGAGGUGACACCGGUCCAGCAGGCUCUCCUGGCGCUCCUGGUGGUCCUGGUGCACCUGGUCCGGUUGGACCCACGGGUAAACAGGGGGACAGAGGAGAGGCCGGACCAAAAGGACCUGCUGGACCUUCUGGACCCGCUGGAGCUCGAGGAAUGCCUGGACCACAAGGGCCGCGGGGAGAUAAGGGAGAGGCUGGCGACACAGGCGAUAGAGGACAGAAAGGACACAGAGGAUUCACCGGUCUUCAGGGUCUGCCAGGGCCUCCUGGCCAGCCCGGUGACCAGGGUGCUACUGGACCUGCCGGACCUUCCGGAGCAAGAGGUCCCCCAGGCCCUGUUGGUCCAUAUGGAAAAGAGGGAACAAAUGGCUCGCCUGGACCCAUUGGACCCCCUGGACCUCGUGGUCGUUCUGGCGAGAACGGGCCAGCCGGUCCCCCUGGAAACCCCGGACCCCCAGGUCCUCCUGGCCCAGCAGGGCCUGGUAUUGACAUGUCUGCAUUUUCUGGUCUGCCUCAACCUGAGAAGGGUCCAGAUCCAUUGAGGUACAUGAGGGCAGACCAAGCGGCAGAAGGAACACCACAGCAUGACGCAGAGGUAGAUGCUACUCUGAAAUCCCUGAACAACCAGAUGGAGAACAUCCGCAGCCCUGAUGGUACUAAGAAGAACCCUGCCCGCACCUGUAGGGAUCUCAAACUCUGUCAUCCCGAUUGGAAGAGUGGUGAGUACUGGAUCGAUCCAAACCAGGGCUGCACGGUUGAUGCUAUCAAGGUGUUCUGCAACAUGGAGACGGGUGAGACCUGUGUGUAUCCAAAGCCCUCAAACAUACCACGCAAGAACUGGUGGAGUAGCAAGGGUACAGAACGAAAACAUGUGUGGUUUGCAGAAGCCAUGAAUGGUGGAUUCCACUUCAGCUAUGGAGAUGACAAUCUGGCAGCGAAUACAGCCAGUAUUCAGAUGACCUUCCUGAGACUUCUGUCCACAGAGGCUUCGCAGAACCUCACGUACCACUGCAAGAACAGCAUCGCCUACAUGGACGAGGCCAACGGCAACCUAAAGAAGGCUUUGCUGCUGCAGGGCUCCAAUGAUGUGGAGAUCAGAGCUGAGGGUAACAGCCGCUUCACGUACACUGUUCUCCAGGACGACUGCACGAAACACACAGGACAAUGGGGAAAGACGGUGAUCGAGUACAAGUCACAGAAGACUUCACGUCUACCCAUCGUGGACAUCGCCCCUAUGGACAUCGGAGGAGCAAACCAGGAGUUUGGUGUGGAUGUGGGAGCAGUGUGUUUCUUAUGAAGACAAAGCAGCGUAGACUGCACUCGGUCCGGAAUGAGAGAGAACAGACGAGAGACUCAUCCAGACCUCGCUCAUCUCUCUGAGAACAUUACAUUACGCCAGUGACAAAGACGACAUCUUGGGUUUAUUUAUUUAUUGUUAAGGUGCUAUUCCCCCUGUGCAUUUGAUUCAAGUAUUGUACGAGAGUGAGUGACCUACCUAGUAUCCCUUUCCCAUCUUCAUCUAUCAACAGGCCCAAAAGCAAACGCUUUUUAUCUUUAGCUUCACCGCGUAUGUUUGUUCUGUUGUGCAUUACGAUGGUGCUACUCUCUUUCCCAAACGACGGGAUAGAUCAAUGACAUGAUAGAUGUCUUUCUUACACUCCCUACAGCCCUACUAUAUUCAGUGUUUCAAUUGUUUCUAGUAAGCUACCUCAUGCAGGACGAAACCAUCAGCAAUGGACUAUAACAUCAGCACUGGUCAGAUGGUCCGAGAUAGAAGAAGAUCAGUUCUCAUCUGCUGCAGGCUCCUGUAUAUGUGAUCGUGGCAAAGUUGAGGGUUAUUUUAGUCUUUGGGAUUUGUGGUUUUAUUAAAUGUAAAUGUAAUUGAACGAAAAUGUAGAACCCACCUAUUGCUUUUGUUGUUGUUGUUGUUUUUUAGAUGCACUCUUUAGAAAUAGGGUACAAGCCAGCUACUCCUGCACAUCAACCCAUCAUGUUUUGUGAAUUAGUUUUCUUCUGAAAUUAAAGGAUUUUAGUUCAGACUCA